AUGUCCAAAACGGCGCAUCAAGUCGAGCGCGAAUAUCGUAUCCUGCACGCACUGGAGCAGACUGAGGUUCCAGUACCCAAGGUCUACGUCUUAUGCGAAGAUCCGACGGUAAUCGGCACCGCGUUCUACAUUAUGGAGUUCUUGGACGGCCGAUUUAUCACAGAUCCUUACAUGCCGGGAGUGACAGCGGAACACCGCACGGAGAUGUGGCGGGAUGCAGUGAGAACUCUUGUUAAACUACAUACCCUCGACUAUAAUGCGGUCGGUGUAGGGGGGUUGGGUAAGCAUAGUAACUUCUAUGAUCGCCAGAUUCGAACUUUUACGGCGAUAGCAAAAAGCCAGUCAAAGGCUGUGGACGCCAAAACGAAUGUCCCCAUUGGCAAACUCCCACAUCUGGAGGAAAUUGCGAGCUUUUUCAAGACGAAUCAGCCUCCGGAUCGAUCUACCAUCGUUCACGGCGACUUCAAGAUCGACAAUAUCGUCUUUCACAAAACAGAGCCAAAGGUAAUCGGGGUGUUAGACUGGGAGAUGGCAACCAUCGGGCAUCCUUUAUCAGAUAUUGUUCAUCUGCUGUCUCCCAUCUUCCAAGACUCUGGACCCGGUGCGCCGGUACUCCGUGACCAAACUCGGAACGAUAUACCAGGUCUGCCUAGUCUAGAGCAGUGUUUGAGGUGGUAUUAUGAAUCAGGAUACGAGGCAAAGUCGGACCUCGACUGGGGUAUCGCAUUCGCUCAUUUUCGAGGUUGUGUCAUCGCACAAGGAAUCGCAGCACGAUACGUGACCGGGCAAUCGAAGAGCCCGGGCGCGAAAGAAUGGGCGGACAGCCUUGGUACCAGAGCGCAGAUAAUGUGGGAAACAGUGAAUACGCUGCGCGACAGUUCCACCCGCGAGAAGAAGCUGUAA